AUGGAGGUGACCACCGUGUCCUCACGUCCUGCCUCACCCACUGAAGGAGAUGAUCUCUGUGAGGUAGAUGUCAUCACCGUGGCCAUACACAGUGUGACACUGCUCAUCUGCCUCUGUGGACUGGCUGGGAACGGGGCUGUGCUCUGCCUCCUCAGCCUGAAAACUGGUAAUUAUCGCAUCUUUAACCUGGCUGUUGCUGACUUCCUUUUCCUUCUUUUCACAGUCCCCACCAGCCUUCUCUUCCUGGUGGAGGACGUGUCCUGCAUUCCUAUCUUGCCCCUGCUGUACCAGCAUUUCUUUUUCCAGCUCUCCGUAGUCUCCUACUACUGGGCAUUAUUCCAGCUGAUUCCCAUCAGCAAUGUGCUGUAUACGUACAAGCUCUGCAAGCUCUGCUGCCGCUGCAACCUUCCUGAGCGCCUGUGGUUGGUGGUUGGAAGUGUUCAAUACUGGGCCUUCUUUGCUCUCUUCACUGUCAUUCUCACGGUGACAUUCCUGUGCCCAUCACAUGAGCAGGAGCACUGCUGGGCAGCUCUCAUCUCCAUGUACACCGUCAUCCUACAUCUCUUUGCUGCACCCGUGGCCAUUUCUUUCUCAGUUGACUUCAUUAAGGCCAAGUGGGGCUCCCAGCAGCAGCAACCCAAGAGGCGCGACAUCGUUAUCCACCUCACUGCCCUGUUAACUCUCCUCCUCAGCUUCUGCCAUUUCCUGCAGCAGCUCGGUUACAUCACUGUGCCAUCCCAGUUUUUUUUCCUGCUCACCUGCAUCAACAGCAGCAUCAAACCCUUCAUCUACUUCUUAGUGGGGAGUUGGAGGACAGGCAACUCCAGGGGGAGCUUCAUGGGGCACUGCUCCACGGUGAGCUGCUGGAGGCACUGUACAGUGGAGUCUCUCAGGGACUCGCUCCAGAGGGUCUUUGAGAAGCAGAAAGAAGAAACAGCCUGCAGAAAUUAUGUCACCAGGGACACGGGGGUCUGA